AGGCUGGGUGACAGAGCGAGAAGGUGCCGGCGGGAAAAGCGCGCGGGCCGGAGGGUUCCAGAAGUGACUUUACCGAAUGGAUCCCGAGCCCUUUGAAGUCGGACGUGCGGUACGAGAAGCUAUCAACAUCCUUUCCUCUUCCAGGAAUGGAGUCCAGAUCUCAGAGGCGCUUGGCACAAUUAAGUGCUACCUAGGUGGAACUGAAAACGAAGCCCCCCUGAAGGAGAGGGAAGAAUUUACCCGUGUGCAUUUUUCUGCCUUUCUGCGAGGUCUUGUCAGUAACCUGAGUCCAGAUUGGAUAGAACUUCUUACCUCUGAUCAGCAGAAGGAAUUAUGGGAUAGCUUUUUCUUGGAAGGGCCAGCUGACCAAGCCUUUCUGGUUCUGCUGGACUCCAUUAUUUCUAUGGGUCCCAGCUUUCGCCUGAUGAAGGUCAUUAGCAUCCUGGAACAGUUUCUGCAGACAGGACGCAUGUCGGCUCUGAUGUGGGAGGUCUGUCAUCAGCAAGCACAGGCUGGUUUACCCACAUUUCAAGAGACCCUCCUCAACAAGGUUGUGUGUCUGCCUGACCACUUGUGCAAAAAGCUCCAGGGGAAUAACCUGCCUAUAUUCUUCCCACAAAACUAUUUCCCUCUGCUGGCUACUGAAAUCAUCCAGGUGUUGCAGAGGAUCUCUGACUCAUUAAGAGGUGGCUUGGACUGUUCCAUCUCCUUCGUGUCUCAAGUGCUGGGGAAGGUGUGCGUGCAUGGGAGACAAGAAGAGAUUCUGAAUGUGUUGGUGCCACGCCUAAUGGAUCUCACCAAGGUGGACUGCAUCUGGCAGAGGAUGUGCUGGCGACUGGUCGAGUGUGUGCCAGAUCGUUGGAUGGAAGCAGUGGUUUGCGGCUUUGUUCAGAAAGCACCAGGGGCGGAUGUCUUGUCUCGAUUACUGGGGAAUCUGGUUGUGAAAAACAAGAAAGCUCAGUUUGUGGUGACCCAGAAACUACUACUCCUGCAAUACAGCUAUGUGACUGCAGUGCUGCAGAACCUCCUUGGAUACCUGGCCCUAGACAGCCUUCGACGUUCCUUAUUGAUCAAAGUGCUGAAAGAACUCCUGGAGACCUGGGGCAGCAGCAGUGCUGUGAAACACUGUCCAGUUGAGCAACAACUGUAUGUUAGCAAGGCCAUCCUGAUCUGCCUCUCCCACCUGAAGGAGCCUGAAAUAGAGAGCAACGGACAAGAACUUCUCACCAGCAUGAUGGGAGGGAUGAAAUGCCGCCUGGACAGCAACUUGCCACGGGUUCGGCGUCUGGGAAUGAUAGUGGCAGAAAGCAUCAGUUCCAGAAUAACUACAGAUGGGCCCAGCCUGAAAUUCCAGUAUGAAGAUGAUGAUGAGACCAGAGAGCUAAAGUCUCUCCAGCAGACAGCACCACUACAGCUCCCUGUCACUGACCUGCCAAAUGCUGGCAGGAAUAACAGUCCAUCUGCUACACCAAAAGCUGUGUCAAAACCAAGUGGGAACCCACACCCAGCAGCCCCUGCAGUGCCAGAGGAGGGAUCUGACUUGGAGCUUGACAGCGAUGAUGAUCUCGUCCCUUACGACAUGUCAGAAGAUAAAGAGCUGAAGAAGAUGAAAGCUCCUGUCUAUAUCCGAGACUGUAUUGAAGUCCUAACUGGAUCUGAAGACAUGGACAAGUGGGACGCUACAAUGAAGGUUUUGGAGAGUCUGAUUCGAAGGAAUUCAGCUACUACAAGAGAGGUGAGCAUGGAGCUGACUAAAGUACUGCUGCACCUGGAGGAAAAGACCUACAUAGAAGGCUUUGUGGAGCUCCGUAAGAGAGCCCUAGUGGCUGUCACCAUCACAGAUCCAGUACCAGUGGUGCAGUAUCUGACUUCCCAGUUCUAUUCCCUGAACUACAGUCUCUAUCAGCGCAUGGACAUUCUGGAUGUCCUAGCUUUGGCUGCUCAGGAACUCUCUCAGCCUCAGGCCUCUGGGAAAAAUAAGCCCCGCAGCACCCAGAGUCCCUGCAUCCAGACCGUCCCUGGCAGUGACAGCUCCCAGAACUGGAGAAGGUUUGUGGAUGAGAGGAUCCAAAGCAAGACGCGCCGUUUGGCGAAGGGUCAGUCUCUAGUGGAACCGGCUUGUGGCCCAAACAAAUUCAGUUCUUUAGCUGGACAUUUCUUCUUCCCCCUGAUUCAGAACUUUGACAGGCCUCUGGUGACCUUUGACCUUUUGGGAGACGAUCACCUUGUGCUGGGAAGGCUGGCACACACACUGGCAAUCUUGAUGUACUUUGCCAUCCACACUGUGGCAGCUGCUGCCAUGGGAAAGUCACUGCUGGAGUUCGUCUGGACCCUGCGCUUCCACACAGACUCGUAUGUGCGUCAGGGCCUCCUGUCUGCAGUCUCCUCCAUCCUCCUCAGUAUCCCCAGUGAGCGGCUGUUGGAGGACAUGACAGACGAGUUCUUGGAGACCCAGUCCUGGCUGGCAGAUGUAGCAGAGAAGGACCCAGAUGGGGACUGCAGGAGGCUGGCCUGGCAGAACCUACUGCUAAUGGAGAACUUGCUAAAAAAAGUCAGAAGUGUCCCUUCCUAGUUGUAGGGGGAAAUUGAAAACAGAGGUGACCUCCACCUAACACUCUUGCCAGCUGGGUGUUCAUAGGCACUGCUGGGCCCCUUCACCAAUCACCUGGCUGGAGAAGAAAAGGGACAGGGUGUACAGCUAAAGCCAGGGAGCUCAACUUGACACCUGGACUUUGUAGUGGGGGCCAACUUAGUGAGCUAUUUGCUAUCCGGUACAGCGUGUACAGAUGCAGGAAAAUGGACUAGUGCUGCCAUCCUCUCUACACCUCCCCCUCUCCAACACACUCUGCACCAGCUAUUUAUAGCCUUGGCAGAGUUGAAUGUUCAGCUAAAAAUAUAAUGAAGACCUCACAGCAAACUUCUCUUCAGGAAAACAGGAGGAGUGGAUGUGGCCACUUACCUCAUGGGGCUAGCUCCAUGGCAUCCCUGUAGUGAAGGGUUGAGGGUCUCCCAGCAGUCAGCCUUUGGCAGACAAGUUACCAGCCUCCUGGGAGAGAUCAUAGAUGAGGGUUGGAAGAGACCUCAGGAGGUCAUCUAGUCCAACCCUCUGCUCAAAGCAGGACCAACUCCAACUAAAUCAUCCCAGCCAGGGCUUUGUCAAGCUGGGCCUUAAAAACGUCUAAGGAUGGAGAUUCCACCACCUCCCUAGGUAAUCCAUUCCAGUGCUUCACCACCCUCCUAGUGAAAGUGUUUCCUAAUAUCCAACCUAGACCUCCGCCAUUGCAACUUGAGACCAUUGUUCCUUAUGCUGUCAUCUGCCACCACUGAGAACUAGGCUCCAUCCUCUUUGGAACCCCCCUUCAGGUAGUUGAAGGCUGCUAUCAAAUUCCCCCCCUCACUCUUCUCUUCUGCAGACUAAACAAGCCCAGUUCCCUCAGCCUCUCCACGUAAGUCAUGUACCCUAGCCCCCUGAUUAUUUCCGUUGCCCUCCGCUGGACUCUCUCCAAUUUGUCUACAUCCUUUCUGUAGUGGGGGGCCCAAAACCGGAUGCAGUACUCCAGAUGUGGCCUCACCAGUACUGAAUAGAGGGGAAUAAUCACUUCCCUCCAUCUGCUGGCAAUGCUCCUACUAAUGCAGCCUAGUAUGCCGUUAGCCUUUUUGGCAACAAGUGCACACUGCUGACUCCUAUCCAGCUUCUUGUCCACUGUAAUCCCCAGGUCCUUUUCUGCAGAACUGCUGCUUAGACCAGUCAGUUCCCAGCCUGUAGCAGUGCAUGGAAUUCUUCCAUCCUACGUGCAGGACUCUGCACUUGUCUUCGUUGAACCUCAUCAGAUUUCUUUUGGCCCAAUCCUCCAAUUUGUCUAGGUCACUCUGGACCCUAUAUUUACUCUCCAGCAUAUCUAUCACUCCUCCCAGCUUAGUGUCAUCCACGAACUUGCUGAGGAUGCAAUCUAUUCCAUUGUCCAGAUCAUCAUUAAUAAAAAUGUUGAACAAAACGGGCCUGUGGGGCACUCCGCUUGCUACCGGCUGCCAACUAGACAUCAAGCUGUUGAUCACUACCCGUUGAGCCCAACUAUCUAGACAGCUUUCUAUCCACCUUAUAGCCCAUUUAUCCAAUCCAUACUUUUUUUAACUUGGUAGCAAGAAUACUGUGGAUUGAGUGGUUCUUUGAGUGGGAUGGAGUGGUUUUUUGUAGAGGAUGAUUCUGGUCAAGAGUUACACAUUGUGAGCAGCUCCAGUGGACUCCUGCCUACUGAAAAUAUGCAUAACGUUAGAGCAGAGACACUGUCCACCAGGGAUGGUGUGGGGGAGGAAGGGCUCUCUAGUUUCUAGUUACAAGGUGUCUUUUUCCUCAGGUGUGCAUAGUCUUAAUAUGGUUGGAAGCUCUGCAAGCAGAGGAAGGAGACUGAGACUUCACAUGCUGCAGUCUAUACUAGCAUUCUAUUAAAGAGAACCUAUUGCUAAAAGCUGGAGUGUCUUGUUUUUAAAGUG